AUGCAGACUCUUCUACAAUACAGGCAACAGAAAAGAUAUGCAACCUUGCUACACUCGCGAGACUCCCUCAUUGCAAGCUCGCUUACUCCAUCCGCCCACAAUGGAAUGCGCAACAGUGAUUCAGAUGUCGAGCCGACUGGCCGAGGACUUUCUUCAACGCACUUGCUGGAUCUUGAACAACAGAGGCUUCCAUCAUCAUUACCACGUGGUGACUCUGCCUGUGAGAAGUCAGGUCUUGGCCAAGGCAACGACAAAAUCACUGUGAAGUGUGACGACGAUGGUUUGGAUCAGGCUGAUCCCCGCAAUUGGUCUCGCUCGAAACGAUCGUGGACAACACUUCUUCUAUUUCUGAUGGUAUUCUCUCAGGGUUGGGUUUCUGCGUGCGACUCGAAUGUCACAAAGCCAUCCAGCAGGGAGUUUCAUGUCAGCCAGACCUCUGAGACUCUGGCCACCGCUCUGUUCCUUCUUGGUAUCUCCGCCGGGAGUCUCGCCGUUGGGCCACUCUCUGAAGAGCUUGGUCGUAGCCCCGUCUAUCUUGUUCCAACCUUUUUGUAUCUAUGCUUCUUACUCGGAGACGCCCUUUCGCCGAACUUUGCGGCUCAAAUCAUCUUCCGCUUCCUUUCUGGAGUUUCUGCAAGUUCGACACUAUCGAUUUACGGCGGAAGUCUCGCCGACCUGUACGACAACGGAGAUCGGGAUAGAAUUUGGCCACUUUUCGCCCUCAGCCCAUUGCUCUCUCCAAUUCUCUCUCCCGUAGCUGGCGGCUGGAUUACUGGGCACGCCUCCUGGCGCUGGGUCUACUGGAUUGGACUGAUACAGAGUGGCACAAUCUUCCUUGUAGCCCUAUUUUUCCUGCCUGAGACUUUUUCCCCCAUGAUUGUGCAGUGGAGAACGUACCAUCUCAGGGUUAUCACGGGUUCCGACAAGUAUACAUGCGAGCUCGAGGGCAAAGACUCUCUUGGCAAGAGACUUGUACACAAUGUAUCGCGACCGGCCAAGUUCUUUACAACAGAGCCCAUCAUCAUCUCUCUAGGUUUCUAUUUGAUCGUCAUUUACGUCGUCAUAUUUACUUUUCUCAAUGGGUUCGAGUUCAUCUUCACAGAUACCUGGGGUCUAUCGGAUGGAGAUACCGCUCUUGCUUUCCUAGGGAUAUGCCUUGGUGCUUUGAUCUCCGUAGCACUCAUGCCGCUUAUCAACAUGGCUCACUAUAGAGCCGGCGAGACCCACAACAAGAAACCAGAGGAUCAUCUUCUUCCUGCCAUGGUGGCGUCGCCCUUCUUUGCCGUUUCUAUUUUUUGGCUUGCCUGGACCAGUUACAAAAGUGUUAGCUACUGGUCAGCGUACGCAUCUACAGUCCUAUUCGGAUACUCUAUGACAGCUAUCUUCGUCAGUAGUUAUAGUUAUAUCAUUGACAUAUACGGAACGUGGAGUUCGAGCGCUCUGGGCAGCGUCACCAUGGCGCGAUACCUUGUUGCUGCUGGUAUGGUAGUGGCGGCACGGCCAAUGUAUCAGGGUAUUGGAGUGCAUUGGUCACUGACAUUUCUAGGCUGUCUGGGAGUACUGUGUCUGCCGGUGCCGUGGCUAUUGUCUCGUUAUGGCAGCAUGUUGAGGCAGAGAUCUGAAUUCAUCAACGGCUAA